UACUUAAACAUGAUGAUAACACUGGUGACUUUUAUACAACCACGCACUUUGUUGAAGACGCGUCAAAGAAGUUAGAAAGUCGGCGUUGACUCGCUGUUAUACUUGCACUCUCAAAUCCCUCAAAUCACUAUAUUUUAUACGUGAAUAUUGUCAAAGUACCAAUAAUCAAUUUUCAGAACGUGAACCGCUUUGGUGAAGUGUGAAGGAGCAUACACGUUUUGAUUACCUCAGAUAGAAGAUAGAGACGGUGAACUGGUGAUGGUUGGUAACAAAUGCAAAAGCACCGGGAAUGCACGAAUCGUCCACAAGAUCAUGUCCAAUUGGAACGAAUUUAAAUGACAAAAAUUUGAAAUAAUUUUUAUCAAAACAGGAACACAGAAGACAACAAUAAUCGAAAUGACUCUUGAAUUUCAGCCAGUUUCUGAGAUUGGAAAAUUGUUGCUAGGUAGUCCAUUCUCCGGAAAUGUUGACGAUAUUCUUGCAAUCGAUUCAAAACUAACUGGCGAUAAAAGUAUCGUGCGUAUCUAUGUCCGUCACGGUGCCAAUCUGGUGGCAUUCAAUGUAUCAACUACCACCACCAGCAGAAGCAGCUCAACGAACCGAAAUAAUCCGACAGGAUGGACUCUACUCUGGAACCACCAGAUUUUCAAAGACGGCCAAAGGACAUCUUAUCCUUUGCGAGCUUACCCUUGGCUAGUCACCGACACCAUGUUGGAUGACGGAAGCGACGGAAUUGUCCUCCGCAACGAAGACGGUCUGGGCUUCUACCGGUUUGAUCCUCAAGAUAAGAACAGAACAUCAACUCAAUCAGGACCACUUCAAGGAUUGACUAGCGAUACCACCUUUCGCGAUUUGUACGGAUGGAAUAACCCAGACCAGUCACUCAUUUUAAUCGGCCGGUUCUAUCGCAAUACUCGGCUGGUUGGAAUCCUGAGUCGCCAAAAGAAAGAACAAGAAUCAGAAACUGCAGUUCAAUUUUAUGCGGCAGCCAAGGAUCGAUUGACGUCACGAAAACCGCAACCGCUUUUCCCCUUACAGAAGAGUAAGAUUUCCGCCGACACCUUCACCAGGAUAUCCGGAGCAAUUGAAUUGUACACGGCCGAUAUCAAACGUAGUGGACAAUACAGCAUUAUUUUGAGGACGGAAAAUCAAUUGGAAAUGUACACCUUUGAUGAAAAUUUUGCUCUUCCGCAAAUUGCCAAAGUGUCACUUGUAGACGGCUCAUGGACUUCCGGAUUAAAGGAACGAUUCUUCUUUGUCAAUCUGACCGGUCAGUCUUAUCUUGACGUUGUCCAAUUCAAUCGGCACGGAUUGUUCGUGUAUCAGCGGAAUAACAAAACCACCUCAGCGGCUGUGAUCCAGGACUACAAUUUCGUCCAUUAUCACGCUGGUUUUACUGAUGCCAACGGCUGGAUACCAGAAUAUGACGAAUCAAUUAAAUUAGUCGACACAAAUGGCGACGGCCGUGAUGACCUCCUCUUUACUGGUCCAAAAGGAUUGACGGUGCUCGGCUUCGAUCCUGUCGCUUUGAUUUGGGAAACUCUUCUGGACCCAACGUCUCAAAUAGCAAUUCCGCACCGUUUCGCCACUGUAGUUGGAGCUACAAGAUCGGUAACAAAUGGUUUGAAGAAAGAAUCCAUCUUGCUGACAGUUGACGAAAACAAAAGACUUUACAUGGGGAAAUUAUUGGCCAAGAAAAUUCAGCCACCGCCGAAAAAAUCUUCUAACAAAACUAAUCCUGUCAAAAAGACUCCUGCUGUUGACAAGAGCAAGUCUCAGGUAAAGAUCCCGCCGCAAGUGAAACGGACAACUCCGGUUUCGGAGAAGCCUCUGAUGAGAUGGACAGAGCAAUGGGCGGAACCGGUGUCGAUUCCGGACGUUGUCGAUCCCGUAAGCGGUUCCGUGCAUUUCCCGCUACCCGUUUUCGAACCGAGUCACUCCGAUCCUAUCCCUAAUCGAAUUUCGCUAUCAUACAACAGUCAACAAUCUUCCGUCUCCAAUCUUGUUGGUUUAGGCUGGACAGUUUCGUUGCCGGAAAAUUACAUUAUGGUGGAUUAUCGGGAUAGCAUUUUCCUGGAGGAUGCGGCAUUUUAUUUGAUGGUGGACGGGAUGUCGUUACAACUUAAACUUGUUGUUCCCGAAGGCCAGCAGGGUAGCAGUGAGGUCAAAAUUUUUAACGAGCCUUUUCAGCCUAAAUGGACAAUCGAAUUCCAUCAAACAGAACAGCGAUGGACUGUCGCCACUGAAAAAGAAAUAUUAAUUUUUGGAUCCACCGGUAAAGGGGCGAAAGAAGCCGUUCGCUGGAAUCUGAACUGGCCUCUAUGGCGAGGACCUGGAAAAGAUGUGAAAUCCUUGAAACGAGUUCCAGUCGCCUGGUAUUUAACGAAGCGCCAGGUGAAAGCUACCGGUCGAUCGAUUAUCUAUCAUUACGACAUUGAUUCUGAAGAUUAUAAAAAUUCGAAUCCUGUAUCUAGCUGGACGGCGGCCAUCCGGUUGAAACAGAUCAGCGUCGAAUCAUCAACGACAGUCACAUUCGACUACAAUUUAAAAGGAAGUAAGGAAUAUAAAUUAUUUGAUCACCCGUUUGAUUCUCGAAAUAACCAGAGCACUUCACUGAUCUUCCCGGUGUCGUUGAGAGAGUCUCAUUUCCUAGCGGGUUGCGACAUUGAAACCGAAGAUUACAAGCAAAGACUAGAAUUCAAAUAUCAAACGAACGAAAAAGGUAAACGAUUGUUGACCGCCAUUGAGCAGCCGAUACAAGCGGAACUACGUGAAUCCAUUUUUCAGUUCAGUUAUCAAGAAGAGGAUCCAUCAGUUGCGGGACGAUUGCUAAGAGAAAUCCAAUUGCCCAGCGGAUUAAAGGCUCAUUUUCAAUACGACACUGCUCCAGAAAUUGAAGUACCAGAUCCGCAUUCGUCUGUAGCGCAUCCGGUUGAUGAGCGUCCAGCCCUGGACUACAGUCAAGAUUAUGCGGUCAUGGUGUUCCGACAGCGUCAACUACCCGACAAGAUUCAAGUGAAAAUUCUGGACGCUGAUUCCCUACGAACAUCUGCGGAACUGUCGCCCAUACCAGCAGAAACCCAGGCGGAAGGUAAAGUCGUUUCCUAUGUCGUACGGUCCUUUGAAGACUUUUGCGUCGUCACACUGGAAUAUGAAAAAGUGAAAAAACAAAAAAGUUGUUUGUUUCAUCAUAGCAGUGAGAAGGGAGAGAGGAAAUGGUACAAGGAUCCCACCUGCUAUUGGUUCAAUCCCGAUGCCCAGAUCCAUUUCACCGAGGCAGGUGUCUCCGCAAUCAACGGUAAAUCGACAGACGUCAUUCAAAUAUUUCAAUUAUCUCCCAAUCGCUCUAAAUGGACUGAACAUCGUUUGAAAUUACCGUCCGGGCGGGAAGUCGUCCGUUUCGAAAUGCUGGGUCAUUUAAUCGUCGGAUACGACGACAGAAGUCUUUUUAUUUGCCAUCCAGACGGAUCGAAAAGACAAUGGCAGAUGCGCGUGAUUGAAGAAUUGCCCGGCUUGCUGAGCGGUGGAUCGGCCAUUGUCAAAAAGUUCCAAUUGCCAACCGAUCCGGAGAAAAUAUUGAACGACAUUAUCAAAAAAGACCUCUUGCAAUUGUCGAGCAACGCCAUUGCUCUUAGUUCGUUACACCUGAGCAGUCAGCAGCAAUUGAUGUUGCAAACUCGUUUGUAUCUGCUCGACGCCAAUUACAACGUGGCCCGCCGGAGAGAAUUCAACGUCAAAGGCCAAGAUAUUCUCAAAAUAAGAAGCGAAUUAGACGGUGGUGAAGGUACUAAAUUUACAUUGGGUUAUUACGUGACGAAAAGCGGUUUCUUUCGAGUGAAAGUCGUCAAUUUCUCAGGAAAACUUUUAGCUGAUGUUAGAAAAAAAUCGCACUCUUCACCCAAAAUGGAAGAUCUUUUGAAAGAAUUGAACGCUAAAAAAGAUUUUCAAAAUUUAUGUGAUCAGUCCUUUUUGAUUGAUUGGUCCGUACAUCGGACAUUGUUGACUCAAGAGGGAUUUCACGCUGGGAACGGAACAUUUAUACGAAUGACGGGUGAUGACUGGCAGCUGCAGGAAACUAAAAAGCCAGAGACGUCAAAAGAAACCAGAAAAAUUCCGCCCAAUGUAGUCUCUUUGGAUAAAUCGUUCAUCUUAGAAGAACCGCUAACCGAUGGCAAAGACAACGAACCGAAAACUGCAAGAAACUUGACGCUCUACGCACAGGAUCCCAUGAAACCAUAUCAGAAAGUUGGCCCGCUACUGCACCGGUUAGAAAUUAGUCCUCAGGAUCGGGUCGUCAAUCGCCAUCCAGUGUACUUGGCCUAUGGAACUCGAGAGAACAGUACGAAAGUCGUCCUCUUUUCGGAGGAAGGACUCAAAUUGGGAAAAGUUCAAAUUUUCCCUAACGAGGAGUUCUUGAGCGAAAGCAGCACUUAUGAACGGCUGACGACGCUGGCCAUUAAAUCUAACAGAGACACUUCAACUCCGGAGAAGAUGAAGUUCUUGGCGCGAUCCUUGCGUUCAAUCAACCCCAAUAUGUAUAAGCCGGUCGAACGGAGCGCUGUUAAACAAGUAAAGAUGAGCAACAGUGAUUCUAGUUUGACGCGCAUCACUGGGUAUCAGUGGAAAAAUAACGCCAAGGGCAACGUGACUGUAACAAUCGUCCCCGGAAACGAUCAGAAAAUUGCCGGAUGGAUCCAGCAAACUUGGACACACGACGGAAGUCCUGCCAGCGGGUGGAAUCAAGCUGGAAUAGAAAUGUUUGACGCAGACAAGAAUUCAGUUCAAAAUGAAAAGAAAUCCAAGAGCGAAUCUGAAGAUCAAUCGAAGACGAGCAACAGUGUUUUGUGGGACAGCAAAAAGGAGCGGAUUGUCAGCGAUUUCUCACCAUAUAAUUUAACCGAUCAAAUGGUCUCCUACUUUGGAUUUGAAUCUUAUGAAAGCAACUCCCGUUGGGUUUAUUUUGAACCUAACGUGAUGAAAGGAGGAUUUGCACUUACUGGGGCCAACUUCUUACGGUUAAACGACGACCAGCCGCUGCUAGAAGGAACGUUCCACCCGACUAUUCAACAAUCAACGUAUCUUGCGUCUUGCUGGGUUCGUCCAUCUGACGGAGUGGCCAGCACGACUGAAGUGGAUAAAAUCACGGGCCAUUUGAAAGCCACCAUAAGCGUUAAAGAAACACACGAAGAAAUUGUUGGCCUGUUGGGACGAAUCAUGCGCAAGGUCGGUGAUUGGUCCUACAUUGAAUUACUGAUCGAUUUCGAUGUUGUCAAGCGUCUCUUUAUCGAAAGUACAGUCGAUAACAUUGGGCGAAAUACAACAAUCAUACCCCAAUUUGCAAUCACAUUAAAGGUUGAUGCCAAACAAGACGGGUGGACGUCUGGCCUGGAUGUGGAUCACGUGAGAUUCUCACCGAUGGUGCACGACUUCAAAGCGACAGUUUACGACUCAAAUAGCGGCCAAGCUAUUUCUGUGAUCGGCUCUAGUGGUUCCAUCAGCCGAAUCGUUUGCUACCGCGGACGUGAAGCGGCAAUUGUAACAGACGUGACUGUCAACGGCCAACAGCAGGUGGAGCAAGUGGCAACAUCAAGUUACACUGGUCGUUUAAUCCCAACGCCCAAUGGAUCGCCGUCAAUCGUCACAGGAGCUAAACAACCACCGAGUCGCAUCGUUUUCUAUCCGGAGAAUGGCGGACUGUACGAAACGUUCGACGCUUACGCUUGGAGGAACCGCUGGAAUGAUUCGACAAAUAAUUCAUCGGCCUGGACGACAGCUCCAGCUCGACUGUGGCACAAUCAUCAACAAUCUCACCAACUCGUCAGUGUUGAUCCUUCCACUCUAUUUGGUGCGGAAUCGUCGUCGGCAGCUAUCCGCUGUUAUUAUUCGCUGAUUUCUCCCGCCGCAUCCAUGACUUGGAAAAUGGCAGGUGGACAAGUUCGAUUGGCCCGAAAAUCUGACAAGACAUCCAGUACAUUGACGUUUCAAGUCCAGCCGGACGCACCACAUACCACCGUGACCGACUUACCUAAUAGCGGAGAAAUUAUUAUGAUGACCGAAGGAGGUCGUUUCUUCAUCUGGAUCGACAGUGUCCUUCUUCUAGACCUUCUAGUUGCUUCUUUAUCUGCUAAAAAUCCUUGGACUUUUUUUGCUUUUGAGGCUCAAGGAAACACCUUCGUCGAGGAUUGCGUUUUCAUGGGAAAUCCACGAACCGAGAUGGAAUUUCUGAACGAAUGGGGCGAGAAGAUGCAAACAAUCCAGCUGGAGUCGGAUAGAUCCGUUCUUGUGUCGCAGACCCUUUACGACGAGCUCGGUCGAUCCGCAAUAACGACAAAAAUGACAAGAAUCACAAUGGAUGACCGGAAGCCCGGAAGUGCGCUGUUGGCAUAUUACUCUGAUUUUGUCAGCGGACCCAUCGAUCCGGCUAAUCCACUUUCAGUUUGGCAAACUCACCGUCUUGAAGGUGAAGUGGACCGUUUGAAUCCAUUUGACGGAGGAGUCCCUUACUCUCGCACCGAAUAUGAAGCUAAUCCGCUGAAUGAAAAACGAGUGGAAGGGCAGCCUGGCCUGGAUUUCGCCGUCAAUGGACGAUACGCAAAGCAAUUCCGGACAUGGAAUAGCAGCAAAGAUAAAAUUGAUGUAAUCGACAAUCAUUUCCCGACGAGUAAAGGCUUCCGGCAUAAAAUGGAAGAAAUGCCGAAUGGAACUAAAAGAGUGGCUGUCCUGGAUCAACAAGAAAACAGAGUGGCCCUUUACAUCUACGUGCCUGGUUACAACCACCUGUUGAGCACUUACGAAUACAAUUCCAAAAAUCAGCUGAUAAAAAUCCUUCCGCCCAUUUAUCACGAUCGUGCUGAUACGUUUUUUAAAUCCGGUCCUUUAUGGCCUAUGACGAAUACGGAAAUGAGCGGUCAGCAACUGUCACCGGAUGAGAUUAAUUGGCAGAAAACUAUGGGCACUCACAUGACGUACGACAAUGCUGGUCGACUUCUUCGGAAAACGACGCCGGAUACUGGCACUUUUGAGUACUAUUACAAUCGAGCCGGUCAAAUCCGUUUACAAGUUCACUUCAGUUCAGAAGAAUCCGACGAAAUCGACAGCGUUGUCUUUUAUGAAUACGACAAUGGCGAAAGAGCUAUCAGCCGGACAGGAUUUUUGGAGCAAAUGCCCAUGUCUAGAGAUAAAUUUCAAAAAUCUUUAGCCGAGGGAACGCUAGCAAACGCCAAAGAUUACCAGUUAAUCGAUCGAACAGAAGCGGAAGAACGACACUACGAUCUUUCCUUCUCGAGAGGUGAACGUAACGCUACGUUCGUGACGCACAAUAUCGAUUACAAUGUAGUGGAAGAGAUGCGCUGGGACGAACAAGAUCGUCUCCUGAAAUCCAGACGAAUCGUAUCCGAUGAGCAUUUCGAUUCAGAAGUCCACAGGACCUACUAUUCACACAGUAACCGAUUGCGAACUCUUCAAUAUCCAUCAGUCAAUGGUGACAACAAUCUGGCCAUCAAACUGGAGCAUCAUUACAAUAAAUUAGGGCAGCUGACCGGAUUGAGUUUGGAUGGCCAGCCUGUUGAUGAAAUUGUCCGUUUCAGCUACCACGGAAGUGGGCAAUUGGCCAGUGAAUACGUUCUACCUGGAAGCCAACACAGUUUUAAUCGGACGUUUGAUUACAAUUCACCUGGCUUCUUACAACACAUUUCUGAUCCUUUCCUUACAGAAUUGGUGUCAUACACGGACGGUGGUUACGGCCGAGGCGGAUCAGGUGACGGAUAUGUUACGCGGACUACAUUUAACGCUACGUGGUCUCCCAACGCUGACUGGCGUUGGUUUCAAGUCUCCGAUAACUCAAAAUUGUUAUUGAACACAUCUACAGAGGAAGUGUGUCUUAAAGCUCUUAAAAGGAAUGGAUACCUGACCAAAACAGGGCGACCUCUCAAAGACUAUUACCCAAUUAUUGACAAACAGAAUAAGUCAUGGAUGCCCUUGAUUUGCGGAGGACGAACUGGUCAACAACUAUCCAAAGUGUUGGCUCAAAAGCGGAUGCCUCGAAUCUACGGCCACCGUUAUUCUUACGGAAAUCACCGGGAACUUGUCAAAGCCAAAUAUUUUACAGAAGAGACUGAAAAGUUGGCCGUUCCUUUCCAGCCGGACACAUUGGCCGAACUGACGGCUCUGAGCAAGCAACAAUCACGUGACAUUUGGAAGCAACUGGAAGAAGCUGGAUUCAUCUUGACAGAUCAGCGGAAAUCCGACUGGUCGACAGCCGUUGCCAACCCUGGCGUAACAUCUUUGGUGAAAAGUAAAGAUUUAAACAAUCGUCUUGUUGCGGCUAAUUCCACUCAGAAUGACGUCACACCUUACCGAUAUCUCAUCGAAAAGAUGAUUUUGAACGACAUCGGAGAAAAGCGGGAUAAGGUACAAAAAUUUGAAGACUUUGAGAAAAUAUUUCUACAGUGGAAAGGCUUCGACGAUGGAUUAAUUACCUCAGGAAUCGAUCAAAUUAAGCAGACAGCUGAUUUAAUCCACCGCAAUGUUCUGGGACAAGUUAAAGACAACUCGGAAUGGUUAGAUGCAAAACUGAUGGAAAUCUUUCGUCCGGUUCAGUAUUCGAAAAACUUGGCCGAUUUCAUCCGCAUCCUGAGCCAGCAUUUCACCUACGGUUUGUGUCAGCAUCCGUUCGAUGUAGCCUCGUAUGAUAUCGACGCCAAUGGUAACCACCGUAAAUUCUACACGGGUUUCAAUCGCUACGAAUUAUUUUACGGAGACGAUAAACCAAAUCAGAUCCGGUCUGUCAAAGUGGAAGAUUUGGGCCAACUAGACGAUAAGAAAGCGACCAAGACAAUGCUUCAUGAUACACAUGGAAACGUCAUCCAAGCGCUUCACAAAGGCAUCGAUCGCAUCGAGUACAACAAUGCGUCGAUGAGGACAAAUGCCAUUUACCUGAAAGAUGGGCGAACGGUUCGAUUCGCCUAUGACGCCCAUGGUGAAAGAAUUCAAAAGCAGGUGAUGGCCAAAGACGGCAGUCUGAUACAAGAAACACGUUAUGUUCGUGACACAGAAGGUAAAGUCCUUUUCGAUCGACGAACUACUUAUUCCUCGGCGAGUUCUUCGCUACUUCCAGAACUGAAAGAUGCAGCGGCUGUAGUCGUGUCCACGUCUUACAUCUACGGCCCUCGCGGACUCCUCGGCUUCGUCCGCAACGGCGCAUUCCACAGCGUGUGGACCGAUCACUCAGGCUCCAUCCGGCUGGUCUUACGAGAUGGCCAAGUGGUGGCUGCUUACGAUUAUCUUCCUUACGGCCAAUUAAUGCGCUCCUACGGAAGUGAUCCGACAGCUGAGAUUUUCUACCGUUACACCGGGCAAGAAUGGGAUGGAGAAACGGGACUUUACAACUACCACGCCCGACUCUACGAUCCGGAUAUUGGACGGUUCUUUCAGCCGGAUCCUCGCGAACAAUACUUCAAUCCGUACAAGUACGUGGGCAAUUCGCCAGUCUCGCUGGUAGAUCCCGAUGGAGAAUUUGGUAUAUUGGCAUUGAUUGGGGUUGCAGUUGCGGCAGCUGCCACCUAUUUUUCAGUAGCGAAAGCCAACCGAAGCUAUAACCCGCUAAAAUGGAAUUGGAGGAGUUUCAGUAAGACUUGGAAGCCAAUUAUUGGCGGUAUAAUUGGUGGUGCCUUCUCUCUCCCAAAGACUGCGCUUAGUGCCGUUUUUGCCGUCGGAGGAGCAUACCUCUCAGCGGCUGCAGCCAACAAAAGUUGGAAUUUCACCAAAUGGAAUUGGAAGGAUCCGGGUACGUACUCGGCACUUUUUGAGGGAGCUGCUACCGGAAUGAGCCUUUACAGUGGAAUAGGAUCGGCUCUCGCCGGAUCGUCGAGCAUGAAACAAAUUCUUUAUGCUGCGGUUAAUAGAGGUGGCCAGGCUUACCUUAGUGCAAAGGCAGCAAAUGACGGGAAAUGGGCACCAUGGAAGUGGGAUUGGAGAAAACCUGGCACAUACAACGCGCUAAUGGGAGGAAUGGCGAGUGGCUUCGGCUUGCCUAACGAUUUGAGUGUUUUGGGCAAAGGAUUUUACGAAUUGGCUAAUAAAAAUCCGAAAAGUUUGAGUGCUAUUGUUCCUAUGUUGGAGAAUUUAAAGUUAAAGCAACUCCUACCAACGCUCGGAAGUAUAGCCGGUUCAAUUGGUAAAGUGGCAAGCAUGGCGAUUGCAGCCCAUUCGGUUAUCAGUACUGUCAACGACGUUUUCGAUCAGGUUAACGGCUGGGACGGCUCUUCCUCGAUUAAAUACGAAUCAUUUCUUAAUGGUCUAUCAUUUAACAAGAAUGCUCGAAGGAUGUUGAACGUGGGCACUAGGCAACAACCUUAUUAUCAAUUCAAAGCAAUUAAUUAUAAAUAUUCAAACGAGUUGAAACCUACCACAGAUAAAAUGCAAAUUGUCAUUGGACAUUCGUUUGAUGUCAUCCGGAAAGAUAUCGUUAAAUUUUCCUUGGGAAAUCUUCAACGCCCUGUAGACAAAACACUUUUGGAGAUUCAAAAGACACGCCCAUUAGUUCUCCCCAAGGACAGAUUGGGCCUUCAAUUUUCGACCCAACGUCAGCAAAGUACAAAUAAGAAACCACAAGCGUCACCAAAGACACCGGUUGCAUCGCAUCGGCUGGUGGCCAUGGAAGAUGUCAAACAUCGAAUGAAAAACCGGCAAAACGAAGUUUUUACAGAUAGAGAGAUUGGAUCGAGCAGUUGCCGUUCAGGAAUAGGAAAUCCUCGUCCUAAAUCGGAAACAUCGAUUGCAACCGUUUGUCGAAUUCCAGUCCCCGACACAGGAAAAUUAAGUCGGCUUAAAGACGAUCCUGUAAGUUUGCUGAAAGAGACGGCCGUUGCCACCUUUUCCAUUAAAGGAGUCGUUCCUAAAGAUGGGCGUGCAAGCUUCGAAUUAAUUCAUGCUGAUGGACCCGGCUACUAUUUGAAGGUGUCUAAAAAUCCUUCCGCAAUUUCCGGCUACUGGUUAGUUCCGGAAGGCGGCCAGAACGAUGGAAAAAUCCGCAUCAAUCCUACGGGUGAAACUCGGCACAUUUUCACCAGUGAAAUGCAAGGAAAUUCUAUUUACAUCAAAUACGACAAAACAAAAUCUGAAAUGGAAGUCUACCAUCACAACCGAAAACGUCCAAACGCCAUUUAUCUCAACAACAACCCAAAAACGACUCUGAAAAUUAAACGGACAACUGACCGAGGUGGUGAUUACGUCAACGAAUCUGGCCAGACAAUCCCAGAGCUGACUGGUGCAAAAGAAUUAUUCGACGCCAAAGGGAAAGUCAUAGACCCUAAAGGUGGUGUGAUUAUUCCAUUGGAGAAUAUUUACCGCAAAGAUGCAAAAGGCAUUUUGCAGAUGGUUAAAGGAUUGAAGGGGAAAAAUAUGGAAGAUUUAAUCAAAGAAAAUAAAGCAAUUAAACAAAAAGAAGACAUUUUGGCAAAAGAAUACGACACUAUCGUGACACAAAAAGAUUACCUCGGCUUCCCGUUCAUCUGGCCCCUAUUGACUGCUAACAAACAAUAUCCACAAAUCUCCGCAACGUUGCUGCUAUUCUGUGACGAUUAUUUCAAGUGGCAUGUCGUUUCGCAGAAAAUUCAAUAUCCACAAAUAUCAGCUAACGCCUCCAUAGAGUCGGCAAAGGAACAAUUUAAAAUACCUUUCCAAUUGCAGGAGUUGACGUCUUUGCCGUUUCCAAUUGGACCCUUAAUGUACACAAAAGCGCUAAAUGUCUCCCAGGCUUCUCUGGCUGUAGAGAUGAAGCCAUCCUUGCAUGAUCGUAUAAAGACAACGGCGGAUAUUCGCGAUUUGGACAUGGGAAAUUCUACCAAAGGGAGAUCACGACGCUCCACCUUGAUGGUAGAAAACAGCAAUACAAAUUAUACCUACAAAUGUCAAUUGAAGAAUGAGGAUGAUACUCACCAUAACAAUUAUUCCAAUCAAACUGAUGAUAUCCUUCAGUCUCCUAUAAAUGUGGCCUCUAGCGCAACUCGCCCUGGCAGCUGGAUCGAUUUAUUUUCUCCUUUUACCGGCCGUCAGGUUCUCUCAUCCAUGGCUUCAGUCGUUUUACUUGAUUCAAUUUUCGAAUUUAUCAAAGUGUCUCAACCUGGUGAUAGAACUGAAAGCAGCCAUCAGCAAUUUGACGAAGUACCAAUAGUAGAACUAUCAUCACAACUUUACUCUGGCCGAAAAGAUUACCGUGACGCGGUGAUGGGAAAUUGUUAUUCCUUUUCAUCGGAUACCGACUGCUUUGAUGACACCAUUGUUUGUUAUGGACAUCGGGGACAGACAAAAGUGUUUUCCCAUUCACCGUCGAUCGACACUUGUCCUCCUCCGUUGCAACAGGAUCAAGACACUUACCAAGACUGCCGACCGAUCGAGUGGCAUGGCCAACCAUCAGUGACCUGUCGUGGCGACGAAACCACUUUCAUUCACACCCCGUACAACACGAAUUCGGCGGCUGCUAAUUUCUUCCGUGCCGUCGACAGUUGGCUGAUUUUAGCUUACGUCACACCCGGAAUUUACAGAGAAACGGUUAGGUUUGUCAGACACGUUAAAAAUGUCUGGACAAACAAAGGAAGAAUUAGUGUCCCUAUCAGCGAUGAAGACAAGCAAUCGUGGAAACAGCAACUGGAAUUACUGGAGAAACUCUUAGCGGAACAACAGAUGCGACAGCCGCAACAAGUCACUUGGGCGUUGCCCUUGAUUGAGGAAUUGCGUCAACAGAUUGGCUCGUUAUGCAAAAAAGACAAUGCUGAAACCAUGGACGAUAUCCGAGCAGUUAAGACGAUGACGGAAAGGUUAACGGCACUCGUGGAAGAUGUAGAAGAAACAGCCGAGGUGCAUACCGAAGAGGACGACGAAGAAGUCUUUUACGAUUGCAUGGAAGAGUUCCCAUCUGCAGACGGGCCUGUAUUUGAUGAGGCAAUAAAUCACGCAGAGUCGAUUUCGACUCGGCUACAUCAUUUGGUGCUUCAGGCUAAGGAAUUUUUAUUCUACAAUGGAAACAAAGUUUCUACUGGGUUUUAGAUGAUGCAACUAGGCCUAUACUAUCUUCUUAUGCUACUAGACCUAUAUUAAUGUUGUUGCGAAAUAGGCACAUUUUUAUGACUGGUGAAAAUAAAUGGAAGCAUUAUAGGGAUAAAAUAUUUCUUUAUUCUUUCAGAAUUUGUUUGCCUAAUAUUUCCUUAAAAAAUCUUAAAACUUAGCUCACACAACACUGUUAUUGUAAGGUUUAUACUUCACGCGAAUAUAGCAAAGAAUAAAGCUAUUACAAAAAAUUUGAAUCGGUACACUAUAUUUUUUUCCGGUGUGCGUAAAGUAAUAGCCCCUCAUGUGCAAAGUAGCCCCUUUCUACGGUAACUAACUGAAUAAAGAAAACGAAUGAAAUAGAAUUUUCGCUUUUUAAUUUUUAAUUUUGGCGAGUUUUAUCUUUUUGCCGUGUAUUAUUCGGGUUUAUAUUUCCCAUUUGCAUGCAGAGUAAAAGGUCUAAAUACAAAUCCCCGAUUCUUAAUUAUAAUUAGUCACAAAAACAUAUUUUCUUUCAUUAGCUUAUAACCCUCCCUUCACAUUCAAAGAAAUAAAAGUUUCACAAUGUU